GCUGCUGAAUUAGUUUCCGUCGCCUUCCCCAACCCCCGGCACAGUUGGGAGCUCCUCCCCGCUAUCGCAGAGGGCCGGUUUGAAGCAGAAGUGGGUGGCGCUCGGCGGAGGAAGUCUAAAAGGGUGCGCCUCGCAAGCCCAGGCGCAGUCGGGUGCAGCAGCCAACGCUUCAACCAUGGGCAACGUGGUGGCUCGUGAGGAUUUUGAAUGGGUUUACACGGACCAGCCUCACGCCGACCGGCGCAAAGAGAUUUUGAGUAAACAUCCAGAGAUAAAAACCUUGAUGAAACCAAACUACCAUUUGAUCUGGAUGAUUGUACUGAUGGUGUUGGUACAGUUAGUUACUUUUUAUCUUGUUAAAGACUUGAAUUGGAAAUGGGUUCUGUUUUGGUCCUUUGCAUUUCACAGUUGUAUCAGUCACUCUAUGACUCUAGCUGUUCAUGAAAUCUCUCACAAUAGUGCCUUUGGCAAUUGUAGACCUUUGUGGAAUCGGUGGUUUGGAAUGUUUGCGAAUUUUCCUCUUGGCUUCCCAUAUUCUGUGACCUUCAAGCGAUACCACAUGGAUCAUCAUCGCUAUCUUGGUAGUGAUAAAAUUGAUGUGGACAUUCCUACUAACUUUGAAGGAUGGUUUUUUUGCACCCGUUUUAGAAAGUUAAUUUGGAUUAUUCUUCAGCCAUUAUUUUAUGCUUUUCGACCUCUCUCUCUGAAUCCCAAACCAAUCUCGCGACUUGAAAUCAUCAACUUCUGUGUUCAGCUCAUUUUUGAUGUUAUGAUAUACUAUUUCUUUGGAGUAAAAUCACUCGUCUACAUGCUUGUUGGAUCAGUGCUUGGGAUGGGCUUGCAUCCUAUUUCAGGACACUUCAUAGCUGAACAUUACAUGUUUUUGAAGGGGUAUGAAACAUAUUCCUACUAUGGACCACUUAACAUGCUUACGUUCAACGUUGGGUACCAUAACGAACACCAUGAUUUUCCUAAUGUUCCUGGAAAAAACCUUCCAUUGCUAAAGGAAAUGGCCUCUGAAUAUUAUGACAACCUGCCACAGUAUAAAUCCUGGAUAAAAGUUCUUUAUGAUUUUGUGAUGGAUGAUACUAUCAGCCCCUAUUCACGCGUCAAAAGGCACAUAAAGGGUGAAGUGAAACUGGAGUGAACUGGCUAAUUUUUUUUUACAGACACCACGGAUAUAGCCAUUAGUAGUAAUGCAUCUCUCGAUAAAUGUACAUUUGUUGGUAUUUUGAUCUACUUGUGAAAAAUAUGUUGUUACAUUUUAGAAUAAGAGCUCAGAAGGAUUAAAAUAUUGCCAGAACUAGACCAGUCUUUACAAUUGUCCUUCCUGUACUAGUGCAAUUGAAGUAGCCUAAAAUAUCAAUGUUUUGUCCAUAACGCUAGUAUUAAUGUUACAUAAUGUGUUAGUAACAGUUCUCUUUUUCUUUUGUAAAUCUUUUUCAUGUCAGCAGCAUAAGUACUUUUUGGCUUAUAUUUGCUACUUAUAGGGACUCUUAAGAGGCCACAAAGUUGACUGUUUUGCUAACAUUCUAACCUAAAAUUAUAAGCUGCAGUUAUUGUUUUAAGUGGCUAAACUGAAUGCUUGGCUAAUCCAAGUACUAAUAUAAUUAAUAACAAAGCUCCAUUAAACUGCUGCUGUAAAAAAAGCAGUUCCCAUUGAAAGUAUGCUAGUAUUUCUGUAAUUGUAGAACAUUGGCCUGUCAACCUAUUUGGUAUGAAUCGCUAGCUCCAGAUUCAAAUUGGCAUCUUGAACAACAUGACUAUCUUUAGGAAAAUAUUCAUCUUUUAUGGGGUAGUGAUAUUCAUUAGUCCUAAUGAAUGAUCACUCUUCCAGCUGUGUAAUGUGAAGCUGGCGUACAAGCUGGUUGACCUGGGGUUUAGGAACAACGUGGUAGAAUUUAGUUUCAUUGUUCUAAUGCUUUCUUAGCUGGAAUAAGUUAGAUAAGUGAAUAAAUUAAAUGGGUGUCAACUUUGUAAACAUCACCAGUGAGGAUGUCAAGAAGUUCCUGAAAAAACACAUAUUAUUUUACUUCAAUAAAGAUGUUUAUUUAAAAACUUCAAUAA